ACGUGGCCAGGAAAAUCCUUUGUCAAGAAGUAACGGUUGGGAUGGGUCGCAGACUUUGCGGCGUUAAGAGCAUUCAACCUCUUCUAGACAAUGAAGAAACCAAACCAAAUGGGGAAGAAAAUGAAAGGGAAGACAUUGAGAGCAUAUUACUUGAAGCAUCUGGUUUGAGCUUUGUUGUUGACCCUGGUGCGUUUCAGGAUAUGUGUAAUCUUAGACUGCUUAAAAUUUACAGCUCAGAUCCUGAAAGGCGUCCUGGACUCGAUCUUUCCAUGGGUCUACUAUAUUUGCCUUACGAGCUACGGCUUCUCCAUUGGGAGAAUUACGCUUUGCGAACCCUGCCUGAAGAGUUUGAUCCUGACAACCUUGUGGAACUGAAUAUGCCUUACAGUCAACUUGAGGAACUUUGGGAAGAAUCCAAGAACCUCAACUCUCUGAAGACAAUCAAUCUUCAUCACUCUGAGAAACUAGUUCACAUCCAAGAACUUAAAGACGCUCACUAUCUUCAGCUAGUCGAUCUACAAGGCUGUACUAGCUUGCAGAUCUUUCCAGUCAUAGAGCAUUUAAAUCACCUCCAGGUUCUCAAUAUAUGUGGCUGCAUAGGGAUCAAAAUGUUUCCAGAGGUUCCACAAAACAUCAAAGAACUGUCUCUCAAAGGAACCAGCAUAAGUGAAAUACCCGCAUCUAUUGAGUCCCUCUCAAAACUAGUCAAGCUGGACCUAGGGAACUGCAAAGAGCUUCUGAAUUUUUUAGUAAAGAUCUACAACAUGGAGUCUCUUCAAAAGCUCAAUCUUUCUGGAUGCAAAAAGCUCAAGAGCUUCCCUGAGAUCCCAAACCGAGUAGAGAAUCUCCAGUAUCUCGGUCUAAGCGGUACAGCCAUUGAGGAAUUACACACUUCACUUUCUAACAUGGUUUGUCUAAAAGUGCUUGAAGUGAGUAAGAACCUUAAGCCGCCUUUCAGCCUGAAGGACUUAAAGGAUCUGAAGGUUGUUGAAAUAGAUGAAGAGAUUCACAAAACCUCUUGAAGAUGAAUGUGGUGGUAAAGGGAUGCAUGCAACUUUGUUUAUGAGAGUCGCUCAGUUUUUAAAAUUAUCAGCAGAGGCCAGUGUUGGCUGUGAAGAGAAAGACAUCCGCCAUGACUCCUGACAUCUUAAUGACAGAGUUUAGUGACUGCAGUCUAUCCCUUAGUGCAACGAGCUGAGCCCUUAGAACACUGUUCUGAUAUUCGAUGUCCAUGUAAGUAUUGGAAACUACUACAAUCUGGUUAGCAAUGUAAGAGUUCUGGUGCACAAGAACACUGUCUCUUGAUAUAUCCAUCUGAUCUUGACCUCCUCCUGAAAAUGGAAGGACCGCAAACUUCCCUUGUGGUUGUAGCAUUUUCUCGACCUCCUUAACGAUUAUCCUGACGAAUGUACUCU